CGUUUGACAACCUAACACACAACAGAUACUCUUUCAGCCAGGAGACACAGAUCUCACGCCCUCUCGAGGCACUGCAAGCUCGGCAACGAUGAUCGGCGAAAUGGACGCGGACAUGGUCGUAGGAUACUUCGGCGGCAAGAGCAUCCUCAUCACCGGCUCAACUGGGUUCUUAGGAAAAGUUCUCGUGGAGAAGAUACUCAGGGUGCAGCCUGAUGUCAAGAAGCUCUUCCUCUUGGUUCGCGCCCCCGACGUCGAAUCCGCAAAGCUUCGGAUUCAGACUGAGGUCACAGGGAGGGAGAUCUUUCUAGUUCUGAAAGAAAAACAUGGUAUGGGGUUCGACGAUUUCAUCGAAGAAAAGAUAUGCCCUUUGGCAGGAGACAUCAUGUAUGAGAACUUUGGACUAGACACUGCCAACCUGAGAGAAUUGUCCAAGGACAUAGACAUCAUCGUCAACAUAGCUGCGAUUACAAACUUCUCUGAAAGAUACGACGUGGCUUUCGAUGCUAACGUGUUGGGAGCGAAGCACGUGUGCGCAUUCGCAAGGAAGUGUACGAAACUCAAGAUGCUGCUUCAUGUUUCAACUGCCUAUGUAGCUGGUGAACAAGAGGGGCUAAUACUAGAGAAGCCAUUCUUGAUGGGUGAGACACUAAGGGAGGGCACACAUUUGGACAUCGAAUCCGAGUUAACUCUGAUCAGAGAGACCAGGCGAGAGUUGAAGGACAACUGUUCUUCGGAGAAGGCUGAGAGGAGAACCAUGAAGGAGCUUGGCCUCAAGAGGGCUCGGCAGUUUGGGUGGCCAAACACCUAUGUCUUCACCAAGGCAAUGGGGGAGAUGCUGCUGGGGCAUCUGCCAGGGGAGCUUCCCGUGGUCAUCCUCCGGCCGAGCAUCAUAACCAGCAUCCUCAAGGAGCCAUUACCUGGAUGGAUGGAAGGAAUCAGGACAGACGAUCACGCGGUGGUCAUCGGCUACGCCAAGCAGACCUUGCCAUUCUUCCUAGUCGACCUCAGCUUGAUAAUGGACGUGAUUCCUGGGGACAUGGUGGUGAACGCUAUGAUGGUGGCCAUGGCGGCCCACUCGGAGGAGCGGGCGCAGACCAUCUACCACGUGACGUCGUCGCUGCGCAACCCGGCGCCCUACGCGAUCCUGGCGGAUACGGGGCACCGCUACUUCUACGACAAUCCGCCGCGCACGGGGAGGAACGGCGAGCCCGCCCGGCUCAACAAGAUGCGCUUCUUCAGCACGGUGGCGCGGCUGAGCCUGUACAUGGCCGUCAGGUACAGGCUCCCGCUCGAGAUGCUUCGGCUGGUGAACAUUGCGCUCUGCGGCUUCUUCUCGCAGCGCUACGACGACCUCAGCAGGAAGUACAGGUUCAUCGUGCAGCUCAUCGAGCUCUACGCGCCCUACAGCUUGUUCAAAGGCUGCUUUGAUGACAUGAACACGGAGAGGCUAAGGAUGGCGAUGAAGAAGGAGCAACAUAGCAACAUUGCAGAAGAAUUCUACUUUGAUUUCGAUCCCAAGUCCAUCGACUGGGACAGCUAUUUCUAUGGUGUUCACAUCCCCGGUGUGCUCAAGUACAUGCGUGAUUGAGUUACAAGUAUUUAACUAGUCAAAUUUCCAGCCAGUUGCUACCACUGAAACUUGAGAACAAUUGUCUCCCUUUUUUUGGGAAUGAUUUAAACAUUGAUCGCCAUGCCUACCACGCGGUAAUAAUUGUCUCCCUUUGUUAUGCGGCUCUUUUUCUUCUCCGGGUUUUAUUAUGCA